AAAUAAAUACAGGUGAAGUUGUAGUUUCUUUUUUAUAUCUCUCUCUGUGCGCGGUGACGAAAGAAUUUGCUGCAAUCGUGUGUUGAGAGCCAAGAUGUUUCGUUCACGCUUCUCCUUGUUAUUCGUCUGUUUUGCUGUCCUCCUUGCGACAUCCUUGGCUGACGAAGAUGACGUAGACAUGGCUGCCAACACCGUUACAAUUCGUGGAAAUGAUACGUCGGUCAGAAUAGAAGGCAAUACAGGAACAAUAAGGGCAGUUCAUCAUGAGAAGGAUGACGAUGACGAAGAUGACGAUGACGAUGAAGGCGAAAUGGAAGAUUUUAGUGACGACAAUGAAGGUGUUUUGACUUUUCAAAUUGACUCACUGCAGGAAAUAGACUCGGCUGGGAACCCGGUCGGUCUGACGGGGCCAUCAAAGAAAAAACAUGGAGUGAGCUCCUUGGUAUCUCAGAUUGAAAAGUAUACCUUCACACAGUUGGACAACUCGUCAACUUAUCAAGGAAUCCCUGUCAAAAAUGUCAACCUGUCUGUGCACCUCACUGGUCCCAACGCCAGCGUUGAUCUGCAAGUGAUGCUGUUUUUGAGGGAUGGAAACGUCACGUUUGGAAACGAGACAUUUUCAGUGAAAAGUGGAACCUUCAAAUUCAACAUCAAGGUUAGUGACUGGAAGUUCUGCGGCGGAAAUUCUGACAUUUGUACUAAGAACAACCAGAAUGAAACUGGCCAGUACCUUGAUCUUGCACUCAGCAUUAGAAGUCAGGCAGAAGAACCUGAAGAGAUAGAAGAAUCUGAAAACGAAUCCGCCGAAAUUUGCGUUAACGAUGAUCCCGACGAGAAAGACGACUGCCCUAAAAUAUUCAACAUGGGUGGAAACUCGACCAUGGUGCUCAAUAGAGGGGUGGUUACGGGUAACAACGACUACGUGGCAUUUCCCACAGGUUACCCAAAGUUUGAGAACAUAGGAGGACUAGUGAAGAAAUUCACUUUCCGCAUCCCACGGUUCAACGACACAGUCCUCAUCGACCCUAGUGUCAAUGUUGGUUCUUACAUCCCUGCGGUUACUAAUCCAACGAACAAGCCUGGUGGAGGAGGGCACAACGCUGGCCAAUCACUGCAUUUCGUUUCCUAUCUUUUGUUGCUUAGUAUGUUUGCGUCUCUGUGUUGCUUUUAUUAAUUGGUUUAGCAGACUCUUUUGCAAGAUUCAUUUAUAGUAGUUUGUUACCUUUCCGUAGCAAUUAUAAACAACUGAAACUGAUAAUAAAAAGAACACCCUUCUGGUAGAAUACAAUUUUUAUCCAGUGGCCAUGGUUUUACAUUACUAUCCUUCCUGAGAAAAAAAACGAGUUACAAGUUUCUACCAUAGUUAGUAGUCGUUUUUUUGAGUCUGUUGUUGUUGUUUUUUUUAUAUUCUUAUUUCAAAAGGGGUUUUCUGGUCACUAAAUCGGUCUCCAAAACAUACCAUAGAGGUUCUCAUUACGGUGAAAACAAUACAAUACAACUCUGUUGUCCCUGGAUACCUAAGUUAAUAACAUAAAGCUUUUAUUUCUCUAAGAGUCUUCUCAAAGGCACUGAGAGGAAAGAAAUGUUUAUUUCAAAUGUUUUUCGUUAAACAAAGGUCAUAUCUAAAAACUCAUUUCCCGGUUUGAUGAAAUGAAAAGCUAAACUGGUAACUUUGAUAAAAAAUCCUCUCAGUUCCCAUUUGCAAUCCUCAUUUGCUGGAACAGAUAACGAUCAAGUACCUUAUCUCAGUUGCUAAAAGAAAUAUAAGUUUACGAUAAUGAGAAAGCUAUUAGUGGUAAACUUCCUGAAAACUAAACAUCCUUAUCUUUGAUAUGCAUGGUUGCUAUUAGAAACCGAUAGUGAAAGCGUAAUAUAUUUUGCCAUACCCUCUGUGUGAACUAAAAGAUAAAUAUACAUUUGUGAGAGACAAGAAAUGACGUAGGAAGUUUAAAAUAGACGUG